AUUUAUUCUUUAUACAUAAUGUCUACAUCUGAAAAUUCUACAUCCAUUGCAGCAGAACCUACUGUUCAAGAACAAGUUAAUACUGAAACUACUGCUGCUGAAGCUCCUAAAGUAAACGAAGAACAAGAUACUACAGUUGAAGCCCCCAAGGCAAACGAAGAACAAGAUACUACAGUUGAAGCCCCCAAGGCAAACGAAGAACAAGCUGCUACUGUUGAAGCUCCCAAGACAACUGAAGAGCAAGAUACGACUGUUGAAGCUCCCAAGACAAAUGAAGAGCAAGCUACUACUGCCACCACUACCACCAUUACUCCUCCUCUUCCUCCUCCUCCUCCUUUUGAAGCUACUGAAGAAGCUAUUAAAUCUGUAGGAGAACCUACUCCUUCUAAAUCAAAUGCAACAAGCAAGCGUCUUUCUGCAUUUUUGGGCAAAGCUAAAAACUUUGUUGACAAGAAAGUAGUCGCUGAAAGGAAAUCUACUGUUAAGGAGUCUGAAGUUGUCGUUGAACCUUCUGCUGAACCUCUUGAAGAAUUUAAAAAUGAAAAGCGUAAAUCUAUCCUGGGUAAUAUUUUCCGCAGCAAGAGCCCAGUUCCAGCUGCCAGUAGUAAAGAAACUGAAAAGUCGGAAGAAUUGACAUCGUCUAAAGAAGAAAGUAAAUCAGAAGAACUUACUGAUAAAGGAAAGAUUCAGGAAACAGUUGCCGCUAAUACAUCAGCUACCGAAGAACCUAAUGAGGCUUCUACUCAUAAGGAUCAUAACAUGAUGGAUACAUUUAAGAAAGGUCCUCUUGGUAAACUCUUUAAUAAGAAGAAAGAGACUGAACAUCAUAAAGAAGAUACUGCUCCUACUACUGAACAUGUUGAGCCUUCUACUGCUGUUUCCAAAGAAGAGCAAUCUACUACUAUUGAACCUACUACUGCUGUUACGAAUCACACAGAGUCUGAAGAAGUAAAACGCCCUGGAUCACCUAUAGGUCGUCGUAUUACUCAAAUGUUCCGAGGAUUUUCUCAUAAAAAGAAGAAGGAAGAUGAAACAGUAGCUGCAGCUGCUGCAGCUGAGGAGACUGUAGCCUCACAACAUGAAGAAGAACCUGCUACUGCUGCUGCUGUUACUACUACGCCAGUUGUUCAAGCAACUGCUUAACAAGAUUAUAAUAAAUAUAUAUUCCGAUAUACAUAGCCUAAUUAUUAACUCUACGCCAUUUUAUAUCAGAUAAUAUAUAUUAGUUACAUUUAUAUACUAUUUAUUAUUCUAUUUAUAAAUUAAUUUUAAUAUACUUAUUUCACUUAAUAAUAAAAAAAAAUGGAAUUAUUAUUACUAUUUUAA